AUGUACGGCAAGACUGUUCUUUCGACCGCGCUGCUCAGCGGCCUCGCUGCCGCUGCACCAGCCGCGCAAAGUGGCAACGUCGCUGGUUACACCAACGCCGCAGCAACGUUCGCAUCCUACACGCCGACGUCGUUGACGACCAUCCCCACUGUGUUUGGUCCGGACUCGCAGAUCUCUGCAAUCCGCACCCCAGCCCCAAGCACUGGACUUUACUCUCCAGGCACUCUGCGGACCUCGCUUCCCACUGGCUCGACCUCGCACGGUCCCUUCAGUGGUUCGGCGACAACCACUGGCGCCGUGUCGAAUACCCCAGCGAACCUGACUAUCGCCACUCUGCCGCCAAACCCGACCGCCACCUACUACAACCCCAACGGCCUGUUGCAGAACCAAGAGCCGAUCCCAUACAUGCCAAAGGGUGGUCUCGGUACCAAUGGCACUCUCCCGCGCUACAUGGUUGAGAGUGACUUCGACUACGAGUCGAUUACCCUUGGUCUCUACCAGGAGUGGAUCGAGCUUGAUCUCUUCAACAACGCUAUUGCCACUUUCAGCGCGGCUGACUGGGCCGCUGCCGGUGUUACGCCCGAGGAAGUCUCUCUCAUUCAGUUCAUGGGUCAGCAGGAGCAGGGCCACGCUACCCUCCUGUCCAACAUGCUCGGCCAGUCUGCCCCGCCGCAGUGCACAUACAACUAUCCGUUCACCAACGUCCGUGAGUUCUUGGACUACAGCCAAAUUCUCACUCGCUGGGGUGAGUCUGGUGUUUGGGGCUUCAUCAACCACCUCGACUCCCGUGAGGUUGGCCAGCUUCUUUCUCAGUCGAUCGCCACCGAGGCUCGCCAGGAAUUGAUUUUCCGUCAAUUGAUGGGUAUGCACCCAAUGCCAGUCUGGUUUGAGACCGGUAUUCCUCAGUCGUGGGCCUGGACUUACCUCGCUCCUUACAUCAGCUCUUGCCCGGCCAACACCACUCGUCUCGCUUGGCAGAACUUCCCGGCGCUUCACGUUGUGAACCAGCCCAAUCCCAACCGCUUCUCGCCUAACGACACUGCCGCCUGGGAGCGUGUUGACAACCGCACUUCCAGCCCAGCCACUAUCCCGCCUCAGAACCAGAGCUGCAUUAACGUCAACGCAACCGGCUUCGGCUGUGGCCCGGCAAUCGCGCACAACCGCUCCGAGCCGCUUUCUUUCCCGGGAAGGCAGGUCCUUUUCGAGUGGGAUGCACCAGGUCAGCUUGUCGGCCCCAACAACAGCUACGUCACAGCCAAGGGUAGUGUUGCUGGCGCCCCAGCUUUCGUCGCUUGGGUCGCUCAGCUCAACUUGACCUACACGCCCCUCACUGUCACUGGCCCGAACACUGGUUACACCUACCAGCCCAACGGUACUGUUUACCAGGGCGGUGCACCGAUCGUUAACGACACCAUGUUCGUUGCCCUCACGGACACUGACUUGUUCUUGACGCCGUUCAACCUAACCAUGAUCAACCCGCAUGUCGUUGCUCUUGGUAUCUACCAAGCCGGUUAAGUGUUGUGUACACCAUUAUCGGUGGAUGAAUUUGUAUGUCGAGAGAUAUGUAACGAUACCCACGGCCCAGCACGACGGGUUGUGGAAGAGAGAUCACGAGCAGCGUAGCUCGCAGUGUCAAAGUAGUCACGAUUAGAAAUUAAUAUGACCAUAUAAUGGAACAUUAAUCACCAAAUUCAAAUUUUACUCGUGCAAU